UACAAGAGCAGUAUGACAUCUGCAGGUGCAGGUGCAGGUGCAAAUGCGCAACUAGCGAUUUCAGAGAACCUGAGAAUGCUGCCUGUGUUGGUUCUCGUGCUUCUGAAGAAUGCGAGUUCUGCACAAAUUCCUCCCGAUCUCAGGGCCUAUGCCCAGGCUCUGCUAACCACCCUACCCUCUCAAACCCUCAUCCCA